AUGGAAAAACUGAAUUGACUAAUGAUUACAAGAAAUGGAGGACAUAUAUCAGAUAUUGCAGUUUAGGCCCCUUUUAGUUGUAUCAGAAACAAGCGAAAGCGCUUUUCUUUAUAAGACAAGCUUUAUGACAGCUUCGCAGUAGAAUUUAAGGAAUUUGAUUUGGACAGCAAUGGUUUCCUUAACGUCUAAUAUUCUACAUAUUUUAUUUGAUUGCGUCAUUGUUGGUUUCUUGUUCCUUGUUUUUUGGGAAAGUGAUGAUUGCCUCCUUUGAGAUUGAGAACUUGUCUAUGCUUCUGGUAAUGCAAAAAUAUGUAAUCUUAAGUCAUGGCGGAUUGCCUCCCUUUUUAAAUUUGCCACAGCCACACAUCAUUUUUUGUUUGCUUUACCUUUCAUAAAACCUCCCGUGAGGAGAAGGAACUGAUUCCUUAUCAAGUCAUGACUUACUUUGUGCAGGCAUCUUAUUUCCUUCACCACCUUCUUCCUUAUUCUUCCACCUUUCACAGCAAUGGAGGACUGCAACAUGCUGGUAGCUGAUUGUAUUGUCAUAUGUUGCUGUAGCCAAUGCUUGAUUCUCCAAAUGGUCAUCUUCGUCUUGCUCAAACUUCCUUGCAAACUAAUUCGGAAAACGAAAGGAUAUGCUAAGAAGAAACUUGGACGGGGGAGAAAGGGGAGGACGAGGACUGAGAGGGUAAAGGGUGGAUUCCACGAUGAGGCUGUAGAAAUACACAGGAGUUCCAUACGUAUAGAAAUACUAGAAGGUCUUGCCUGUACUGGUGGUGAAGGCCAUGGCUUUCGAUGUUGUAUAGAGGAAGCUGAGAAGGUGUUGGAAGAGUUGUCUGAGAAAGGAGAGUUUGCAUUCGGAAGCUUUUGGGGCAGAUGAGAGACAUCAUCAGGGAAUGUCCUCAUCAUGUGUAGCCAAUCAAUCAAUCAGGGAUUUGAUUGAUAGUAUUAAUUUUGUACAGGAUGAUGAAUCAACUGAAAAUGGUUAUUUGGGGUGCAUGAGACCGAAAAUGUGCUGUAGAUUUUGAUUCAGGUGCGGCGCCAUGGCCUGGGGUAAUACUAGCAGUGUGUGCUAAAAACCAAAAAACCUGUUUCGAGGAUGCAAUUUUACCUCAAGCAAGCAGUACCCCUUCACUCGCUUGAGGAUGCAAUUUGGUUAACCAGGCUUAAUCAGGUAAGAUGAGAUAAAAGCAUUUCUUCAUCUUUUGACACGAUGAAACAUAUUUUAGCACUAAAGUUAUUCAUAAGUAGAACAAUUAAUGUUGCAUAUUGUUGGAGAAGCAAGGGUGAUAAAAUAAUUAAACAAGAUUAUGAGACCAUAAAAUUAAUUAAAGGAAGACAUUAAAGUUUGAGAGAAAGACGCAGGUGGGGUCCAAUAAUUGUCCCAGCACACGCAUGUGGUCUUACCAGUUGAACUUUAAGACAGAACAGACAGCAAGAGUGUGGAUUGGAUCCCCUUCCCAUCCCUUCCCUUUCCUUGUCCUUUCAAAACAAAAACGCGCUUUCCAUUUUGAACCAUUCCAAAUUGGAAUUUUCCCACCCCACCCAACGCCACGUCUUCCCCUUCUCUUAACAAACCAACCACCACGUAUGUAUAUCGCUCCUCCUCUCUUUCUUUUUGUCUUUGCUCCUCUUCUUCUUCUUCCUCUUCCUCUUAAUAAUUUCUCCUUCUCGUCCCCUCCCUAAUAUCUCUAACCCUCAUGCCCACCAUGACCACCAACCAAUCCCAGCACCAACUCAAGCAACUCAAAGACAUAUUCAUGCGGUUCGACAUGGAUUCCGAUGGCAGCCUCACGCAUCUUGAGCUCGCCGCUCUCUUGCGCUCCUUGGGCCUCAAACCUAGCGGUGACCAACUCCACAUUUUGCUACACAACAUGGAUGCUAACGGGAAUGGCUUUGUCGAGUUCGAUGAAUUGGUCAAUGCCAUAAUGCCCGACAUGAGCGAGCAGGUUUUGAUCAACCAGGCGCAGUUGUUGGAGGUUUUCCGAUCAUUUGACCGGGACGGCAAUGGAUUCAUUACCGCGGCUGAGCUUGCAGGGUCCAUGUCCAAGAUGGGGCAUCCCUUGACGUACCGUGAACUUACGGAGAUGAUGAGAGAGGCCGA